CAGACGCACGUUCCACUAGCUACGAGUCGUGCUGGUUCUCGUGUCGCGGACUAUCAUCGAGGCGGCACAGCGCCCAGAGCGUACAAACACGCGUUCACACUGUUGCUCGCGCGCACACACACACACCCACGUAACGCAUCGUUUCUCCGAAUACCUGCACACGCUCUUGGAAAUAAAAAAAACAAAAAGGAAAACAAGACUCAGGACUUUUUAAUAUACCUGUGACGGGGUGCUACCUCUGUGUCGGUGGAUUUUUCUGAUCAACCAUCAAUUCCUGUUUCACACAGUUGAAAUAGUCUCUGACAUUUCUUGUGUUAAGUAGAUUUUAACAGAGACGCAGAAUUUCGGACUCAACAUUUUAGGCGGAUUAAUUCAUUUCAGUGAAGUGUUAUUAUUUAUUGCUAAAGUUCUGCGUUCCUAUAUCAGAAAGUCUAGAUAUUUACUGUGUAACAGCUUAAAGUGAAAUACAGAUAAAUCCCUUCGCUAGUGACUCAUGGGCAACUAGCAAAGUACGAAAGAGUUUUCCUCUGGAAACAGUUCUUUCUACAGUUGACAGCCAAUGAUUCGUGUAGUGCCCGAUGUAUGUCAGUAAGCCUCGUGACCGACCGAGUUAAGUUUCCAGGGACGAAGUGAAGCAGAAGGCGCUAGAAGGAAGGAACUACGACUUUCUUAAGAAAGGCAGAAACAAAACCUCGGACUUGAAUUCUGGCCUUCUUAGCUGUGACCACCCCAAAAUGAUGGCCGUAGAUUCCAGAGCGGAUAUGUCCAAGUUCAGGGCCAUCGUACUGAUAGCGGUGGACGACAGCGAGCCUGCGGAGUUUGCUUUCAACUGGUACAGAGAUUUUAUACACAAGCCAGAAUACUACACAGUACUGCUCCACUGUACAGACCAGAAUGACCAGGAGAUUAGAGAUGCAAGCUCCAGCACCCGAAGAGAGUCAAACGGAAGUCAGGGUCCAGGGAGAACUGCAAAGAUCAUCAAAGAGAUGUCAGAGAGGAUGAAACGAAUUGAAGAGAAGUUCGGACAUUUGAUGGAAAUUAAUGGAAUUGUGGGUAAAAUCAGAAAAGGAAAAGGCAAGCCUGGAGAGGCCAUUGUCAAAGCAGCCAAUGAAGAAGGCGCCACCAUGAUUGUAACCGGCACUAGAGGGCUUAGCAAACUGAAGCGCGCAUUCUUGGGCAGCGUCAGUGAUUACGUGGUGCACAAUUCUCCAGUUCCGGUCAUAACCUGCAGGCGUCAUUAGUGACCUUGGCCUUUUAAAUUUCCCUUCUUUUUCCAAAAGCAAAAAAUGUAUUUUUUUGUUUGAUGUGGACAAAAUUGUAAAUGAAUAGUAUAUCUUCUUAAGGGAUGUUUUCUUCUGUGUAUAUUAUAUGAUUUUCUAUGUUGAUUUUUAUAACUAAGUUCUAUAUGAAAUUUAUAUUGAAAAACUUUCCAUACAUUUCAAUGAAAACAGGAUACCAAAAUAUUGUCUCCAGAGAGUUCUUAGCUGACUAAACACUAUACAAUAACAAAUUACCUAUUUUAGAAAUUGAAAAUAUAAAUCGAAAUUCGAUAUACUUUGUAAAGUGUUUUAACACAAGGCAUUAUAGUGCCCCCUUUCAGACCUUGCAAUUCAUUGAUGCAAAAGAUGUUAAGGUCAUCUGUUUCUGUGGCCAACGAUUAACUAGCAAGGUUUCAUGUGGCCAGCACAACGACCAACCACCUUUACUUUCCCAACUAAAUUCAGGUACCCAUUAGAGAGGCCUUAAAAUCACAAAAUUAAAAAUCCUAGUCUUCACGUAGAUUCUUAAAAAUAUAGGAAUAUAAGUUUUAAAACAAUUCGUUUAAAAAAAAUAUUGAGCAAUAUCGUUUAAAGUAGAAUUCCUUCGUUAUCCAUGCGGAGUGAAUUAUGGUCUUAGUAUAAUCCAUCUACCAUAGCACUUAUGACUCUAAACAGGUUGCUAUGUUUAGUUUUAAAAACGGGAUUCACAAACAAAUUUAAUGUUUAAUAAUGUAAUUUUUUCGUUGUACUGAGAGAUGUGCUUAUAUUUGUAAUAGACUUCAUACAUUUACAUUUACUUUCCUAAACAUGCAAAUAUCAAACUUUGUUUGGGGGGGGGGGCACCUUUAUAGGAGGAAGUCGGCAAACUAGGAGACACGAAGGCAGUCUUUUUUUUUUAAGGACAAAAAUCCAAGUAAAUGUUUUCGUGAAAGUCGUCUGCAAUACGAUUGAUUCAAAAUGUUGAAGAAGACAUUUCUAUACGUAUUUGCCAAAUGCGAUUCUAGAGUCUUUUUUUUUUAAAGUUGGAACGGGUCAAAUAUCUCCAGAAUGUUGUGUCUUCCUUCCUUUUGUGCAGGGCCGGCCUUAGGGCACUACAACCAAUACGGCCGCAGUGGGCCCCGCACUAAUUCUAGGUGUUAAUUAUUAAAUUAAACUAUUAUAACUUCUAACAGGGUUCUCGCGAUUUUCAUGGCGCUCCUUGAAAUCUACGGAAAUUGCAAAAUAUACAAAAACGUUAUGGAAAUUUCCAGAAAUUAUUAAAGUCUCCUGAAAUCUCAUAAAACUCUCCAGGAAAAUAGACAAACUUGUCAUUUUGGGGUGUCAUUCAAAAUCUAAAACGCCGAUCCUACGCGUGAAAAAAAGGGAAUUGCCAACUUUCAUUUAAUAACAGUAUAGAACAAAUGACAAAUUUAUUUCUAAUACAAAAUCUUAAUUUUUAACUUAUUAUCCUUAUUCCUAUUCAGACUGGGCUUCGCGCAAUUCGUUUCGCAUAGGACUCGGAAUAGUUAUGGCCGGCCCUGCUUUUGUGUGAGCAAAGCAGGCUUGCUAGAAGACUUCUUACAAGGAUGAGCUUACGUGAAGCUCUUAACGUUCUUGCUCUACUCCCUUGAACGUCUCUCACACUUCCGUAUCUCAGCACUUCUGAAUGUAGCUUUAAAUGAACUGUAAUAGAAAUAGAGCUUUAGACACGCCAGGAGAAAACAUUUUGGUGCACCACUUCCGUAUCACAGCACUUCUGAAUGUAGCUUUAAAUGAACUGUAAUAGAAAUAGAGCUUUAGACACGCCAGGAGAAAACAUUUUGGUGCACCACUUCCGUAUCUCAGCACUUCUGAAUGUAGCUUUAAAUGAACUGUAAUUUCUUACUAGAAGAAAUAAAGCUUUAGACACGCCAGGAGAAAACAUUUUGGAAGCCUAUAGUACAGGAAAGGGCUUGGUGAGGGAAUAGGGAUAAAGCGAAAAUAUUUUUGUGUCUGAGGGUGCAAAGUACGUUCUCUGUUACGUUCUGACCCGUUACGAUCCUGUUUGGAAUAUGUUUCACCUUUCUAUUGUACCGGAGAAAGUGUCAUUUGGAACUGUUAGAAUUAUAACUAUCCAACUAACUUUUAUAAUGAGACUUUGAAGUCUGAAAUUGAUCGGCAGUAGUAUAAUUAUAUUUUUACGAAAUAUAGAAUUUAAAAGAAUGUUACAUAAAUUGUAUCUCGAUGUUUUAGUGUGUGUGUGCGCGUGUGUGUGUUCUAUGUGAGUAAGGGUUAGCGAUCCGUCAAACAAAAUUUCCAUAUAUUACUCUGUGAAACCUUUUUAUUAUAUAUGUAUAUAUUUGUCAGGUGUAUGGAGAAGAAAUGUUUACAUCAUUGUAUCAUUCUGUACGACCUACAUUCUAUCCCAUCAUGUUUCACUCACGUUAUUUGUGUAUCCACUCUGAUACAAAAGAUUGAAAUGUAUGAAGAAUCUCACUCAAAAGACAUAUACCAAGGGAAGUAAGAAAGAGUAGUAGUUUUUCUUUUUUAAAUUUUGUUUUGCUCCCUAUAAAAAGCAAAUAGAGAUAUCAUACCAUAGCCUCUUUUGCUGUUGUCAUUGCAUCAUACCUAGGGCCGAAUCGACUUAGAUCUGGAUGGACUGUAACACUGGUCACGAAGUUUGAAGGGACAUAUACUUUUUUAUAUAUCUGGCGCUUUGAUUCUAGGUCUCUUCCCAGUUUCCACGGUGAACAGAAUGUGGCAUAAAACUUUUAUUGCUUUGAUUGUCUGAAGCCAAAUUAUUAAACUAUUUGCCAUGAGACUGA